AUGGCUGCUAGUAAGUAAAUCAAGUCAAAUGAAAUGGUUUAUUUUAAAGAACGAUUUUAUUUUACAUACCAAUAAAAACGGACGAAAAAGGUAAACCCGGACUACUUGAAAAAGUCUUUGAAUACAUUAUUGAGACUAUAUAUUAAUAUGUAUUUUGUAUUUGUUCUGGAACGAUUUGGAAUAUUAACUUGGUUUUUUAGAGAACAACUAAAUGUCCAUAAUUUAUAAUAAUUAUUAUUAUUGCUGCAUCAGAAAUCCGUCCCAAUAAUCUUUUUUUAAAUCAAUUUCGUCCUGGUUAUACGAUAUUACAAUAUUAGUACAUUUUCAUAAUUUAAGACAUCGUCAUAGUUUAAUCGUUCAUAAAUAUAUUCAUAAGAAGUAAUGAAGAAUAAUAAUUUAUGUAAAUAUUGUUAUUAUCAAUGCAAUAUGAUGUUCAAAUGUAUGUACAUAAAUAUUAAAGAUAAACACUUCAUUAAAUAUUGAAUAGUCAAAAUAAAUAAAUUUUAAAAAGGACGGACAUGCUUCGCAAUAGCCACUGUUGUAUGUUGAAAGUGGAGAAGGUAGGAUACAGACGAGAAUUUAAUGUAUAUCAUUAAGCAACGAUAAACCGUCGCUAACGAAAAACGAUUCUGAGCGGAGUUAAGUUGAUAGUGUUGCUCUAUGAACAAUAUAUAUUAUGUCAUAUUAUGGUAAAAUGAUUACAACAAUGUGCGUUUCCAUGAAAACAAUGAUUGUUUAAAAAAUAAUUUGAAACAAUACAAACUUAAUAAUAAUAAAAAAUAAAUAAAAACGGUUGUCAGCGACAACCUUAUUUUUAAUCUUUCAAAUUUUUUUUCAAUUUAAAGAACCAGGUUUUCCUCAUUAUCUCGAAUAUUAAUGAGAAUUUCAAAAAGAGACUUCUUUAAAGUACCAUCCAGAGAACAUUUUUUUUCCAGAUACGAUGCUAAACUUGAUAAUCGGAGUAAGCUUUCUGGUAGAAAAAUUUUUCACAUAAGAAAAAAAAGAAAGAAAAAUAAACAUUUUUGUAAAACGAAUACAUUCUUUGCUACACUCAGAAUUUAAAGUCGGCUAUAAUAAUGUCUUUGAAUUAUUAUUUGCCAGUAUAAUAAAAACGGCUUGUUUUGUGACAAAUUCAAAACGACUUUUCGUGUUUAGAAACAAAAAUGUUUUACAUAAAUAAAUAAUAAUAAUACAAAUUAGGUAUACAUGUUCAACAUACGUAUUGGAAUAUGUUUCGAGUAUAAAAAUUAUUCUAAUGUUUUACAUGGCAAUUUAUUAUUAUUGAAACUGUAAAAGUAGCAACAAAAAUACACGUGCCAAUUUAGAAGACGAAAAACCGUUUAAAUUUCAUAAAAUUGUUAAGAUUUUUUUUUAAACCGGUAGUGUACCUGCACGUGACAACUAUAAUGGAAAACGCUUAGUUUAUAAUAAUUUUAAAUAUUAAAAAAAAAAUCAAUGAAAAUGUUGUUUAGGCGUACGUAUCGUAUUAUAAUAUUCUAUGUCUUGUUUUUAUCGUAUUUUUUUUUCUUCUUAGACUCAUUUUACUUAGACGAAGUUCAAGAAUACUUGGAUUAUAUCAGAACCAUUGGAAUGGAAGCUUGGAUACCCGACUCCCCGGGAUACGGUCCGAAAAUACCCGUACCGGAUCAAUGCCGAUUCGGCGUGCUCUGUUUGAACUAUAAAGGAUCGGACAUCUAUAGUCAGUAUAUAUUCGUAUAUAGUUACUAAUAUUAUAAAAUAAUUGUUCUUGGCCACGGCAUAAUGAUAUUAUUACGACGUAUAGUUAAUUAAUGUAAUUGUUUCUGUAUGUAUAUUAUAGUCCGGAGCAAUUCUCAUCGUGCGAUGAACUUGGCGGUCGUGCCGGGUUCAACGUACUCGAGUGAAAACCGUCGCCGGAGCGUUCGUCAAAAUCCCGUCGGAAUCGCCGUCGUGGACUACGGUUACGAAUCGGUACACGAGAUAAAGACAAAAAUGCACAUUUUGAUAACCGAUUUGAUAUAAAAAAAAAACGCCGGUUCUAAACCCUCGAUCCUUCGCCUUGUGGCACAAGCACCGGCGUCAGCCCCGCGCAGGGGUAUAGAGACGAGGGUUUAGAGAGAGGGUUUAGAACAGGCUUUUUCAUUUUUUUUUUUUUUUUUGCAUACUGCUCAAUAAGAAUUAUUAUUAUUUUAUUACACUAUAUCCAGAGAAAUCGGUUUUUUGUCGUUGACCGCGAGGAAAAUUAUGGAAUUACAGAAAGAGUGCCCUCGAAACGAUCCGUCGGUGUUCAGUGCGGUGACGGCUUGAUCCGCUAUAACGGUAAUCAUUUUUAUUAUUCGCUUAUGAGCCAUCGCGACGACUGCAACGGAUCGACCAGGACGUGUACGGCGGGAUACGACGGAAAUUCCGUUAUCACCGAUAGUGUGAGUAUGUAACACAUCUGUAUUAUAUACGCAUGUUGUGAUAACGUUUGCCCCGUUUGAGUAUAACAGCAUGUUAAAUCGUCGCUUGUGUAUUCCCGAGGCGACAACACGUACGUGCUAGAAAAAAUGGUCAUUGGCCAUAAGCUGGCCAUUUCGAACCGUCGUUCAGCUGUACUGUCUAAUUUUUUAAAUUUAAACUGCGUAAAUGCUUGUGAAAGUUGA